CUCCCUCUAAGACCUUGACCAAUAAUUACAAAAAUAUAAAGGUUUUUGAGUUUUUUUUUGUUUUUUUUCAGCCCCUGCAACUUUCUUCACCAAACGUAUCCUCACCACCAAUGAAAAAGAAAAUGGCACCAAUAGUACCUCCAAAACCUGUAUCCUCUUCAAAAGACAAAUUCCGGCCUAUAACACCAACAGAAACAAUUAUUGGAUCGCUAUGGGAUGAUAUUAACCGAGAAUUGGAAAAAUACAAAGAAGAGAGGAAGAAGCAAAAAUCUGACCCAAAUUUAAGCUCAAAAAGCACCACUCCAACUUCAUCAUUUUCUUCAAUUUCGGUUUUAAACAGCAAACAGGAUGUGGAAGGGGAUUCGGUUUUUAACGGAAAAAGGCAACAUUCACUUUCUGAAAUUGACGAUACCAAAUCUGAUUUCAAUUUUUCAACUUCUUCAAAAACUGGCAAAUUGAUUAGCAAAGUGGACUCCUUUGUUUCCGAUGAGUCUAAUAUCGAUCUACAAUCUCAAAAAUCUCAGCAAGAAGUCCAAUUAAAACGCCUACAUGAUAUGAUUGUUGUUCAACAAGACCAAAUCUGCCAAGCUUCGAGAGCGUUAGCCUUUUGUCGUCAAAAUGAUCAAUUUCGUGGUGGGAGAGAAGAGAUUGAUGCUCAACGUGCUCUUUUAAUUGCAACAGAACGUCGCCGUGCAUUACUAUUGGAACGAGAUCGUUUAAUGAGUGGUAAACAAAUUCAACAAUCAAAUGCUUCAACAAUUGAACCUAAAGGGACUUUAAUAUUUUCUUCAAUUUCAAUUAGACUUUCGAGGGAAUAUAUUAACAAUUGUGUUCAUGGCGGUGCUUCUUCUAUCAACCGCUAUUAUUUCAUUAUUUUAAUCAAAUGUGGUGAACUCAUAUUUCACACUUCUUUGGCUUCGAGUGAACAAGGAAUAAAAAGUGGAUUUAUUGAAUUUACUCAUUAUAUACCUAUAGAAGGGUUAUCUCCAGACUUUGUUUGUGAAUUGGAAAUUUAUUCUUUGAAAGCAUCUCAAGAGAAGGACAGUACAGAUCGAAGUGCCCGAAGCAAAAAAGGAACUUGGCGGCGUAUGGUUAUUAGCACUCCUCUCAAUGCAUAUUCUAAUACAUUCAAUAAUUAUUCCACUGGGAACAGACCUAUUGGUGUAAUGGAUCCAGGAUUUCAACGUGUUGGACAUCUCUCAAUAACCAGACAAUUAAUUGGCCGCCAAAAAUUUUUAUUAAAUGACACAGUGUAUCCUUUAGAUGGAAGUUGUUUAUUAAGUAUGGAUUGCCAUACUGACGAGAAUUCAUCAAAAUUUGGUGGUUAUAGUUCUUUUCUUUCACUUUACCAAAUUGUUAGUGGUUUUGGUGCUUGGAAUCGUUUUUGGUGUGUUUUGGAUAAUGGACUUUUAAAUUUUUGGCGUUAUCCUGAAGAUGAAGGGACAAAAGUAAAAAAUUUUUUUAUAAAUAAAUUUUAA